AGCGCGCAAAUUCCCAGCGUGCCCAGCGGCACGAUGGUGGUUGUCGCUGAGCGAGUAGAGUGCGAGUGAGGAGCGGCCGGCGGUCGGUGGCCAGAGCCAGCGGACAGGGGAGCAGCGAGCAGUCACCACCGCCAGCAGCCCAGUUACGGCAGGCCCGGCCCCGGAUUCCCAGAGGACCUGCCUAUAGCAAGAGCGAGUGGACAACAGGAAAAACUAACUUUUAGAUCCAGUGGGUUUGACACCUAUGAACAGUUGUGCACUGCAAGUAAGGCAUAGGGAAUCUGAACAUGAGUAACACAGCGGCAACGAGAAAGCCAUACAGGAAGGCACCUCCUCAGCACCGGGAGAAUCGGAAUGAGCCACCAGUUUUUAGGAAUCAACUAGAUGGGACAGCCGUAUCAACUGAACAGAGCCAGGAACCACUGACUGAUGGGGACCGAAUUAAGUUGUUACAGCAACAGAAUGAAGAGCUGCUUCGAAAGCUGACCCAUAGCACAAAAAAGUUGGAGAUGAUGGAGGCCGACUUUGAGUCAAGCCGACAUUACCUUGAGGCAGAGCUGAACCAUGCCCGAGAAGAAGUGGACAAACUGAAGGACAAAUUCCGCAGAUUACAGAACAGUUACACUGCAUCCCAACGAACAAAUCAGGAGCUGGAGGACAAACUGCGUGCCCUGAUUAAGAAAGCUGAACUGGAAAAAAAGACACUCGACUGGGAAAUUGUGGAACUUACAAACAAAUUACUUGAUUCAAAAACUGCUAUAGACAAAUUGGAGGAGUUAAAUGAGCGCUAUCGACAAGAUUGUAACCUUGCUGUUCAACUGUUAAAGUGCAACAAAUCUCAUUUCAGGAACCACAAGUUUGCAGAUCUCCCUUUUGUACUUCAAGAGAUGGUAAACAAGCAUCUGGAGUCCAGUGAAGAUUUCCAGACAGGACGGGAGCCAGUCCUCACGCUUGGUUCCUCUGAUGUUGUGCCAACUUCUGUCAUUGCCAGAGUUUUGGAAAAGCCGGAGCCAUUGAUCCUGAACUCUGCCAAGUCCAGCAGCAGCUCACAACCUGUUGCAGAAGAUGUCUUUGUCCAUGUGGACAUGAGUGGCAACACCAAUGGUGUGAACUGUGCAGGGAAAGAAGGAGAUCAAGACAUGACAGAGGCAGUAUUGCCUAAAAAUGGGAUGUGUAGGCAGCCAGUUUGUUCAGAGAGCAUACCAGAUGAAGCAGCCACCUUUGAGAGGCUGAAUCCAUACCCCACUCCACCUCAGAAUCUUUUCCCUGGCCGUAAAGCUGUCAUUGAAUUUUCUUCUGAUGACAAGGUUAAAAUCCCAAAGAACAGUCCCUUACCCAACUGUACAUAUGCCACCAGGCAAGCCAUAUCUCUCAGUCUGGUCCAAGGGGAGGAAGAUGGGUUGGAACUACAGCGGACUGUAGCCAAUAGUCCGUCCUCAAGCAGGAGGAAGUCAGGACAGGCAACCAACAGGCAGUACCAAUCUCCAAAGUCAGGCACACCCAGAGGGCCGGGAAACCAGUUUCAGUCAGCUCAGUCGAGUCCAUUCAACAGCCCACCUCAAACAUUAAGUGCAUUUGCCAGCUCUACAAGUUCAGAAGAAGACCUGCUUGCCAACUGGCAGAGGAUGUUUGUAGAGAAGGUAGCUCCUGCCUCUGAAAGGGUCUUUGCUCAUCGAACAUCUUUCAGCAGUGACAUGGUGCAAGAGUUGCAGAAUAGUUUGGGCAACCAUGUUGCUGUGGGUGAGAGUAGGCCAGCUUACUCGGACGGGGAAGAAUCUGGCCAGAGCUGCAGCUGGACCAUGAGUCGGGAUUCUAGCCUGGAUACAGACAGUAUUGAUUCUAAAGUACAGAAAAACAAAUGUACAUUGGGUUACAGGAGCAAGUUCUCUCAAGAAGAAGGUGAGCAGUUGCUGAACACCGCAGCUGUCAAUCAGCUGGACUCGCAGUCUAGUCCACUGCAGAAGCACAAAGGAUACACGGAUACUGUCUCUAGUAUAGUGGAAGAACACGAAGUUCUACUUUAUGAAAGCCAGACCACACUACAAGAUGAGCUGGAAGAGAUUGAAGACAAAACAUUGAUGACUUCAGUGGGGCGUCAGCAGAAGAGUCCAAAAAGGAUGGGCGUCCAUUACUUAUUGCGAAAGGACAGUCUAACUAGGGCACAGGAACAGGGUACCUUGCUGGAUUAAAAUCAAGGUACCACCCAAAAUGUCACUCAGCAAAGAAAGCCUUUUGAAAACCUUUUUUGUGUGUGUAGAAAUUAACAAUGUUUCCUAGGAGUGUAUGAAGCUGAGCAAAAGCAAACUAAUCAGCAUGUGCAGUUUUAGUAGAAUCUGAGUUCAAAAGGCAAUACUUCAGACAGUAUUUUCUCAGAAAAUCAUUUUAUUAUGAACUAAGUCAUUAUGGGGUGGGGGGGAACCAAAUUUCUGAAGAGUAUUCAUGCUGGGCGAUGGCAGGUAAUUUCUCAGUGUGUCUUUGGUUUUUGAGUUUUUGUGUACUUAAUGUUUUCCUUGCAUGCUUUGAGCAAUGCGAGUGAUUGCAUAUUUUAGUUAUCCUUCGGGUGGUAUUAAAUUUGUGAAAUGAUCUCAGUGCAUUAAGAAUGGUAGGUGUUGGCCUUAUUUCAAAGAUGUAGCAGACACCAGAAUGUAUUUUAAGCUCCUUGGUUUAAGUUGAGACUGCUAAUGCCAAUCUUUAACAUACAAACCAUUUAGUUGUGUUUGUAAUUUGCCUGUCCUGUCCUGAAUUACUAUGUGAAUCACUGAUUCAUUGGUUUGCAGUGUUACCACAAAUAUUAUGGCUGCCUAACUUUGCCCAAAUGGAGAAAAAGUGACAUUGAAUUUAAUUUUUUUUGGUUCUGAUGUUUACUUCUGCCUACUAAAGUCCAGAAUAGACCUCUACAACAUCUUGAAAUUAAAGAUGUAUGAAAAGAUGUUUGACAAAGGCAGAAAUACAAAAUGGAAACUUUUCAGAUACUUUUGAUAGAAGCAUUUUAGAAUUUCCAGACUGCCGUCUAACAUGGUCUUGUCUUCCCAUUGCAACCCAGUGAACAGUAGAAGUGUUUCUAAAGUGUUACCACAUAUUCUUACUGCCUCACUUACCAAGCAGGUGGUCCAUGACAGGUUAAAUCUGGGUUACCACUAAGCAGAACUGGAUAAGUUCCCAUGGUUGCCAACUCUAGACUGUAAAACAGGGAAGCUUGAAUGAAUUGUUAAACAAACUGACUGCUUUGUUGAUCAGCUGCAGAGAUCUGAAACUUCCAGCCUCUGUGUGGUGUUGUGUUAUUUUCUAACCACCAGAUAAGGCUCCAACAUCUGCAAUGCCCACACCUAACCUGAAGAUUACUGAAUGGCUUGGUUGUCUAAACUGGAUUAACAACCGUUCAUUUCCCUGUUUUACCACCACAAUAAUACAAAAUGUGUCUGUACAAUAUUGAAGUACAGAUAAAUGCUUCUGUAAAAAUAGAUUUUCCUGCCAUUCUUUGAAAUGGGGUGUAACUGUCCAGCCCUCAAUAUCCUGCAGUUUCCUCUAAAUAUCUGUUGAUCUGGGAAAGAAUCCCAACUUUACAAUGUCCUCUUCCAUUGGCUAACUUAAUGACAAUAUUCCAACUGUUAGGUUUAAAAGUUAUGAAUUAAAAUUAAGUAUUAAUAUUUCUAAACUUUUGGGUAGGUUACUGCUUACCUGAAAAAAUUCAAAGCUGAUUGCGUCCUUGUAAUGAAGUUAGUUCUACAUUACAGUAUUUUAAAACGAGCAUCAACUGCCAAACUCAGCAAUGGGUAACUGAAUGAAAUCGGUUUUUAUCUGGCUGACUGUUGCAGGUGCAAGACCUCUUGGGCACUCAUAACUUGCUCCUCAGGGAAAAUAUUAUAAGCCUGUUGGGAGCACGCGCACACACUCACACUCACACUCACUCACUCACUCUCCAAGAACUCCUUCAUCUGGUAACUUCUCAACUAACUUAUCCAUCUUAACCUUGUGAUCCUCCUCCCUCACUUUUAGAAUAUUAAGUUUUUCUUGAAUGUAAAACUAUUGUGUUAUCAUAUAGUGAGUUAGCAGUUUGAGUUAGAUAACAGAGUUUGCCCACAUGUUUGAAUUUUAAUUUCCACUGAUCAAUAAUUUUGCAUUUUGGGUAUGGGAAUUUUUCUCGGUUAAAUCAUUAAAGCAGUGGUAAGUUUGGAUGAGGUGUGCAAACCUGACUUCACUUUGAGGCAGUGAAUUCAUGUGGUGCCUUUCUUUGAUUGACUGUAGGUGACGAUACAAAAGUUUAGCUUUUCAGUGACACCAUAAGUAGAUAGCAGCCUGACUUGUAUUUUCAGUAAACCUCUUUACCAAUGGAAUUUAGUCACACAAUAUUCCCAAUUAAAUAUGUGAAGUCAUAAAAAUAAAGUUGUAACGCUAAGAGGAUAGGCAUCUGAAACAGAAACAAAGAAUAUUGGACAUACUCAGCAGGUCAGGAAGCAUUAGAUGUUUCAGGUUGCCAGUCUGCAAAAAGCCCUCAAGCCAAUUGAUGCAUCUGAAGGCAGUCCUGAGGACUGGACACUAGUUUGAAUACAAUAUCAAGCUGCUUCCUAAUAUCCACUUGGCUGUGAUGUAUCCAAUAUUUUUCAUGGCCUAUUCUGCUUUUGAACAGUUUGCAGCAUGUGUUACGACUGAGAACAAUAAUUUUUCAGUUGUCAAUCUCGAUGUACAGAUUUCAUUAUUUCAGCCAUCUUUGAAGCUUUUUCCCUGUUCAUCUCUUGACUUUUUUUUUCAGAUGUUCUUCAAGGAAUAUCUUCCUUGGUCUUUCUCCAUGACAUUGAUCUUUUGGGGAUUUAGAUGUCUAGGGUUCUGUCAUGCUGUCAUGAUCGCUUUAGUAUUCUGAGGUAGAUAAAAAUGAUUAAUUUCCUUCAGUGGGUGUCCAUCACUUGAGUGCAGACUAGUCAACUAAGGGCCUUGGCUCCAUAGACAGCCUUUAUUUUUAAUGAUAUGACUUCAAUCCUGUAGUUUUCCAAAGUUCUCCUUUAACAGUCCUGUCUGUGAUUUCUUUUUCAUAGACAAGACACAGGCUGUUUGGUAUAAGAAUUAUAUAAGGUCCAUUUGAGAGUACACUAUUGCAAUGCAAUCCAUGUCUUCCCAGGAGUGAGUCAAUUAGCAGCAUAAUCACAACAGCAGCUUUAGUCCCAAUCUGUGAUCUCCACGAUAAGCAACUUUGCAUACUGAAGCACAUUUGACAUGAUUUAACAUGAUUCGGGUUUCACCAUCCUCUGAUGUAUUGGCAGCUAAGUUCUCGAUCAUUUGGAUGAUUUUGUUUUCUAUUAUAAAUUUAGAAUCUUUUACAGACAUACCUAAUCUCUGUGUCAAGAUUUGGUCUUUCAAGCAUAAAGGAGCUCAGUGUCUUCUCCACUUUCUUAAGAGUUGUGUGGUGUUAAUAUCUCAUGUAUUUUUCCUCAGCUGGAACAGAAGCCAAACAGCAUUGGGUAAGGACUCAGGACUUUAUGUGAAAUUAUUUAAUUGACAGACUAAUUUCCUAUCCUUUUGUUUAGUAGGUUUGCAGAAUCGUCUAUGCACUGUUGUUCCCUUUAGUCCCCCUUACUUGGCCCACACAGUCAUACCUUGUAUGAGAUGAUUAUUACCAGUCUUAUAUGUUUAUGUAGGGGUUGUGAUCCAGCUGUUUUUCCUUCGGACUUCCCAAGUGUUCACUUAGUUUUGGGAAUAUUCUGUUUAAAGAUCAGAACAAUUGAAUUGAGCUUGUUCUUUCCCUGUUUAGUUUUUGUUUUCGAUCAGCCAUCUUUUAGCUUUUGGUCUUGGCCGUGUAAGUUUAAAUGAAUCUGAACUCAGGGCAUUUAAUGCACCAGGUACUGAUUUGAACAUUAUUGAGCUGCAUCAUGCUGUCCUGCUUUUGAAUUUGCUGAUAAUUUGGGGUUUUCAGGCUACAGCCUGUGAUCUCCAGUUGAUUUGACCCAAAACUUUGAGAGGGUGAGGUGGUGGUGAACGCCAUUCUGCUGUUGACUCUUGUGGUAAAUGUGAACUUCAUUGCCAUUGUAUAAACUUUUGGUUCUUGUGUUGUAGUCUUGCUGACAUUGAGAUUACUGUAUAUUCCAGUCUUUGUUCAGGGGAAGUUGAUCAUUACUCUGCCAUACUUUGUUAUUAAUGCCUGACUAAACUAGAGCCAACUAAAAUCAUCAAAGCAGUAUUAGUUUAUUUUUCUUUGACACCUAAGUCAUACUAUUUAUGGUCUUCUCAUAAAACUUACCUUUGAUUUCAGCUGAGUGAUUAAAAUUGAUGCAUAGGGAUUGAUGAAAGUAGUGAAACACAGACAGUGGGAUGUUCUCUGAAGGUCAUACGACAGUCAUUAAUAUUCUGUAAGAGACUUUCCAGAUCAUUGACAACGUUUGACAUAACAACAAAGUCAGUACCAGACCAAAAGUUGGGACACUGACAUUUAUUUAGAUCCAGGAAACGAGCAGACAUGGAAUAGGGAAAAAGAAGGCUCAUUUUGUGGGUGGAGCAGUUAAAUAACAAAAGGCUGGUGAUGCAUGACUAAAGGGAGACAGCAAUGGGACAAGUAAACAUGUGACUAGAGGUCAGAUUAAUUUCCAGACAAUGUUGAACUCAGUGAGUCUGGUAGUGUAACUGAGAAGUGGAGACCUGUUGCUCAAAGUUACAUUGCUCUUCACUUUAGAUCUGUGUGGGAAGUGGAGGAUAAAUGGGAUAUGAGCACCUGAAAGCCUGAUGUCAAUUAUGCAUUCUGUGUGAAUAUGUCCCCCAGCUAACUUCCACUAAUGUGGAAGAGGACUAUUGUGGAGAGGACUGCACUGAGAGUGGUACAGCAUAUACCAAUUGAACAAAGCAGAAUUGAGUACCCUUUUCACCAAGAAAGAGUAAGUGCACCCUCUGUCAAUUGUGGGGCGAUUAUAAAAACAAACUGUUUGGUGAAAUUGAGGCUUAGAGCAGGAAUGAGUGAUGCAUUUUGGAGUGGUAUCAAGUUGAAGGUACCAGAAAUGGUAGACAGUGAUCUGGUGAAUGUUGGCUAGAAAUGGAAGCGCUGGAGGAACUCGCCCUGUUGAACAACAUGUGUGGAAAGAGAAACCGGUCAACAUUUUGGAUCAGAAAUCUUCACAACUGGGGAAUGAGGUACAAUAUAUAAAAAAAAGCAUGUGGUGACUUGUUUGACGGAUUAGGUGAGGUGCAUGAGUAUAAUUUGUAGAAACAGUGCAAAAGAGGCAUAAAUGUGAUAAUGUGAAACAAAGAGAGCAGUUUACCUGAAGUUAGAAAAUUCACUGUUCAUUUCAAAAGAUUUGGAAGUACUCAUUUAAAAUGUUUUUCUAGGUAAUGUUGGACUUCACUGUGCCACUGGAGGGGACAUCAGAAGGGAAGUGAACUGAGCACACAGUGGGAAGCUCAGUAACACUCUGGCAGAUUGAGCUCAGGUGCUCCACAAGGCAGUCACUCAAGCUGCGUUUGGUUUCUUCCGUGUAGAGGAGUGAACUGUCAACACUGAAUGCAGUACAUUAUACUGGGAAGAAGAACAUGACCCUCUCCCAUGCUGCUUCUUUAAAGUGCCUUGCUAUUGGUCAUUAAUCACACUCCUUACCGCUUGAGCUGUCCUAACCUAUCUCCAUGUAGGCUUCUGUGUUACACUUCACAAAGCUGUAAACUCUCCAUGCUUCCCCAGGUCACUGAAACAUUGAGAGGUUUCCCUUUCAGCUGAUGUUGCUGGAUGGCUGAGAACUUGCAGCAUUUCUGUUUCAGUUUCCGAUUCUGGCGCCCACCGUUUUGUUUGGUCUUCUUUUCUUUGAAUAUGGGAACUGGUUUGUGAAUGGACACAAGAAUACAAUAUCCUAGUUCUGGCAGGGGAGAAGAGGUAAAGGCAGAAGUGUGGAAAUGGAAUAGAUCUGAUCCAGGAUCCUCAGCAUGCCAGGCAGCAUCUAUGGAAAAGAGUACAGUCAAUGUUUCAGGCCGAGACUCUCAGCAGGACAAAGGGUUGUGGCCUGAAAUGUUGACUCUACUCUUUUCUGUAGAUGCUGCCUGGCCUGCUGAGUUCCUCCAGCAUCACACACAAAAUGCUGGGGGAACUCAGCAGGCCAAGCAGCAUCUAUGGAAAAAAGUACAGUUGAUAUUUCAGGCCAAAACCCUUUGGCAGGACCCAUUUUGUGUGUCUUGCUUGGAUUUCCAGCAUCUGCAGAUUUUCUGUUGUUUGUGAUCCAGGAUUCUGUUAAGUGAUUAACUGAAAAGUGAAGAUGACACUAGGUCAGGUCUGAUGGAAAAGUGGGAGAACGAAGCUGAUUCUGCACAGGAUAUGAGGUUUACGGUGGAUGUUGAUCAUCAGCUGGACCCUGAAAUGAACUGUAAAAGGAAGCAGAGGACAGGUAUUGUGGGUUGAGGUAAAGGUGGGAGCGUAUUGUCUGAGAGUUGAGAUAGAUAACUCAGGAAUGGAACAGCAGUACCUUAAAAACAGGCUUACGCGAUUGGUGCUUAUAACGUUAGUGAAAAUCUCUUUAGCAGCAGUUGAAAGAUCAAUAUAAUGUUGAUCUAAAAAUAUGGUGAUGUUCCAAGUACAAAUGUGCCUAUGUGUGCAGCGACUUGGCAGUGAUGAUCUGGGAAGCAUUAAGUACAGCAAAUUAAGUUGUGACUGAACUCUGAGGUUAGUUAUUAGAACCAGUUCACCCACAUGAAUGACUACUGUCACAUUUUUCAGAGCAUUGAUUUAAUUUCUCCAAUUUGCUACGCUGCUUUGACUUGGACAUGUACAGUGAAAAUUGAUAGGAGAGCUGAUUCAUUCCCGAGAUAGGUGUUCCCAAAGCUUGUGCCAUGUUUUACCUAACAGAAAAUUUCCUUUGUGUGGAAACACUUGGUUUUAGCUUGGCAGAACAUCCAUGAGCAUUGAAGGCACUUGAUGCAAUGACUGUGAUGUGUUAAUUCCACCCCUAAAAAGCCAGAGAACAGACUGUAUUUCAGAGAUAGUUAUAUCACUUGUGUGCACAAAAUCUGUCAACCCUCCACAUGUUAAGCACUCUCCGCCUCCUUCUCCAGUUCACUGCAGUUUGUCUGAUGCAGUUUAUUUUUGUGUAUGUUCCCUUUGCUUUCUUCCCUAACUUGUGAGUUGUGUGUCAGCUGACUUCCCAUUGUGCAUGGCCAACCAGCAUAUUUUCUGAUCUGUUAUGUCCCCGUUUCCACCCUAUCCAGUGGGACUCCUUCCCUUUCACCCCAUCAUACUCUGUGAUAUCAAGUUCCCUCUGCCACCUGCUCUCACAGCACAAUAUCUUAUUCCUAAACACCUUCUAUGCUGCAUUUCUCACCCCUUACAUCAGGAUACUCUAACAAAUCAACCCCAUAAUUACCUAGAGAGGCUGAUCACUGCUUCUCCUGACUGCUCAGGCUCUGCUGUCUCCCACCCACACACUUCAUGCCCUCUCCAAGUCUGAUUCACUCUGUCAUCUACCUGCUGUUCCUUCCUAGCCUCUCAACCUCCCCACUCUGUUGCACUUUGUUCAUGUUUUACUUCAUAUCUACUAAUUAAAUAGGCAUUUGUACCAUUCAACUCGAUGCAAACUCUCAGAGCAGUCCCAUCAAUUUCUUUCAGCUAAUUCUUGUCACGUCCAUUAAUAGUGCUUCUCCUUCUACCAUGUAACACCGAUAAAUAUCACACCAGUGUGACUCCUGCUGCAUUACUGACACUGACACUCCUGCUGUGGUGCCGAGAGACUGGCCAAAGUAAUAUGGGUGCAGUCUGAAGUUAAAAUUGUAUAGAGAAACUUUGUAUUUAUCCAGAACAUGCUCUGGUUCUUCCUUGUGUACAAGUAUUCUUUGGUUGUGGCUAGUAUGUGUCUACAACAGCAAUAUUGACUUGCUGUUGACUGGAGCAGCAGUAAUGAAAUAACUUGAACUUCUCCAACAUGUUAGUCAGUGGUGUUCAGGAACCUGGGCCAUCUGCUCUGGUUAGUCUACCUAUUGAUCAGUGGGUUGAUUUCAAGCAGUGUGUUUGGCCAUUUUAAAGGCCUAGUACCUUUUCAAGAAUUACCAGCAUCUGGCCCACUCUGUCUAUUCGAUGAAAUGAAUUUAAAAAAGCAUUGGCUAGCGCUUAGUCUGUGCAUCCCAAGCUCAGCACUCUUCCCCACGCUGUGUUGGAGAUGUCUUUGGUAAACAAUUCUGAGGGCUAAUCAUUCAUUAGCAUUAAGGUUAUGUUGAUGAAUUGCACUUUCGGUGUAUUUGAGGGCCAGUAGCCCCUCUGCACAUUCACUUGGCUUGAGAACGCAGCUGCAUUUUAUGUUCAGUUAUCCUCUGAGUGUUGCAAAUCCCAGUUUUCAAUCUGUACCUUUCUCAGUUGAAGCUACAGGGUUUUAGUGCUUCCAAUCCAUUUUACUCCUUCCUUAGGGAUGCAGGAUGUUGUAGCAAUUCAUCUGUAUCCAUGUACAAGACUGUUAAACUUUUACUGAUUUUAUUUUCUCAAUUUGUAAAACUGAACUGAUGUAUAUUUUAAACAAAAUAAAGUAUUUUAAAAUUA